CCAGCAUAUUUUGCUCCCACGAUCGUGCGUUGCUGAUCCUGACAGAUCAUGGUUUUUACUCGCUUUUUGCAACUCGAUCGAGGACGUCGAGGCUGCAACCCCUUAAGUCUCCGUGCCUCUUAUCGCCGGUUCCUAUGAUAGCCUAUAAAUAAGACAUGAUAAGAAAGAUCACGAAUUAUUUAAUAGUUUCACGAAUAUCGCGAGAACAAUUCCGACCCGUUGACACUGGACGGGAGUGAAAAGUGAAAGUUGUACAGCGAGGUGCGGCAUGGUGAGGCGAGGUGAGGCGGGGUGAGGCAUGGUGAACCGAGGUACCAGGUGCCUAAGAAGCAGCUGGCAAGAUGGGAAAAUUGUUGUCAAAGAUCUUUGGCAACAAGGAAAUGCGAAUUCUUAUGUUAGGAUUGGAUGCUGCUGGGAAAACUAGUAUCCUUUACACCGAUAUUAUAUAAACUUAAAUUAGGACAGUCUGUAACAACUAUACCAACUGUAGGAUUCAAUGUAGAAACAGUUACCUAUAAGAACGUUAAGUUCAAUGUUUGGGAUGUUGGUGGACAGGAUAAAAUACGCCCAUUAUGGCGUCAUUAUUAUACAGGAACACAGGGACUUAUUUUUGUAGUAGACUGUGCUGAUAGAGAUCGAAUUGAUGAAGCACGCCAAGAGCUUCAUCGAAUUAUAAAUGAUAGAGAAAUGCGAGAUGCUAUAAUUUUAAUCUUUGCAAAUAAGCAAGAUCUUCCCGAUGCGAUGAAACCACAUGAAAUACAAGAAAAAUUGGGUUUAACUAGGAUACGAGACAGGAAUUGGUAUGUUCAACCAUCGUGUGCCACAACAGGGGAUGGGCUUUACGAAGGUCUUACAUGGUUGACCAGUAAUCAUAAAUUAUGAGCAAAUAUUUAUUUUUCAUCAAUUAGCCACAUACCAAGAAUGUACGUUUGCUUUGUCUUUUCAUUUUUUAUUUAUCACGUAGAGGCUCUGUAAUGCAACUGACAAUGAUCGCUAUGAUCCAUAAUGGAAAAGAGAUCACUCAAGCAUACAAUUGCAAAUAUAAGACAACCAUCAAUAUCAAGUGGUGCGUUUCAGUAAUAUUAAUACUAUACAAAUAGAAAUUUAUCAAAGUACCAAAAGAUAUAGACUUUGUUACUAACUGUUUACUAAAGUCCAUGAAAAUAGUUAUUACAAUAUUAGGUUAACAUGUUCAUCAUUUUAUCGUAAUUUAAAUAUAUGUAUAUGCGCGUGCGUAUUGCAUUAUGAUAUUAAUUAUAAGAGAAUAUGAAAAAUUAUGAGCCAUUUGUAGUUUUUGAGGAAUGCAUUUAAAGAAAAGGCAAAUACCUUUGUAACUUCAAAUGAACGUUUAUACAAUAAUUGAUUUAAAUUGUCGUGCUUCAUCGAUUAUUGUUGAUAUAUGUAAGUAAACAUUCAAAGGACUUACAUUAAUGGUUUGAUAUAAUACCAAAAUAUUAUACAUCGAUAAAAUUUUGUUAUUAUCCAGAUGCUUCAAGCAUUUCUAUAAUUUGGUUUGUCUUUCUUUAUUGUGAUUGUCUUCCAAUUCUGUCAUAUCUUAACGCAUAUCAGCCGAUUUUCAUUCAUUUCAAAUUUCUUUAUAUACCGUCGUGUGUAUUUUAUUCUGUUCUAUUAAAGUGAAUUAUAAUACACAUAGAGACACACACAUACAGAGUGGUGAGGUUGUUCUGUACGCACAAAUGAUAAGCUGCAAGGUUUAGUACAAUACAACAGUUAUAAUCUGUUAUUAUUGCAAGCUCAAAACAAAGAAAGGAAGAAGAAAGAAAAUUAAGAACAAUGUUAUUAACGUAACAGCAUUAAAUUUGCCAAUAUUUUUUACCAGUUAAGCAGAUUAAAUAAUGCAGAAUUAGAAUUAGGUUUCAAGGGAAAGAGUCAGUACAUGUUUACUGUGAGUCUCAUUUUUUUCUUUUUUAAAUAAUAAUCUGUAGAAUAAGAUGAUAUGUGUAUUUACCAAUAUUCAAUAUUAAUUCUUCAAAAGAAGAAGAACCUUAUCGACAUUCAAAUUCCAUUUUUUUAUGGGUUUCAUAUUUACAGAAUACAAUUAAGAACAGAGUAAUAAUGGUAUGUUACUCUUUAAAUUAAUUGCUAUAUCAAUAUUUUAAUUUGCAUUCCACGAUUAUAUUAAGGCAUUAGAAUUUUAACAGAUUGUAUUACUUUAUAUAAACAAUCGAUAAUGAUACGAAGAUAUAAGUUUGUCAGAUUCUUUUCUUUGGCAUCCGUACCAAUUAAUAUUUAACCCUCGGAUGCUUGAAUAGGGUCAUAGAGGAAUUUGGGUAAUUUUGACCCAUAGUAAAUUUUUGGCGAACUCAUUUCGAAAGAAGGUAUCAUAACUAUGGCAGAAUAAAUGCGUCAUUCUUUAUGGUACAGUGAUAAGAACCGACUCCUUAACAGUCGAUUAUCACAACCGGCGGGUUAAUAAGAUCUGACUUUCGCUGGGUAGGAGUUAAAUCUUAUAAUCAAUGAAAAAUAAUUAAUUGAUAUUUAUGGCCACGGACCAGCUUUGGGAAAGCAGUAAACGUACUACUUCUAGGUACGUUCAUUAGUACUAAACAGUGUUCUAUGGCUGUACAUAUUUAUAUUGCAUUAUUACUGUCAGUUUUGUGUUCAUAUAAAAGAAUUAUUGUGUCAUUUUUUUUCUUUUGUUUUAAUUAUAAGCAAAACAAACAAAAUAUUUGUAGCAGGAAUAGUACUGUUGAAGACUAAUUGAUAGAAGAACAUGUUCCAUUAUUAUGAAGUGCUUAUAGUCGGAAGAUUUUGGUAAUAAUAAACUUCGUUUGAACGAACGAGAUACUUAUAAUUGCUUUAUAUCUAACAUUAAAGAAAUUGAAUGUGAAGUAUGUACGACGUAAUUUUCAAUGAAUAGAAUUUUCUAGUAUUAAAAUAAUACUAUAAGUGUAAUAACAUGGUAGUUUAUAUUGGAAGAUACUUUUAUACAUUCAACGUAGUUGUUACUAAGAGUUGCUAAAUUUGUUCUUAAUGCGAAAUUGGUUGUUACUUCUAUUUUCUACAUUAAAUAUUUAAUAAUUGAAUUUCAUUCCCAAUAGAAUAUUGUUUUUAUGUGAAUAUAAUUUGUAAGGAACGUUUCAUAAUCAUGGAAUACACAUUACACUGUUAAAACUCUGAAGUUUGAUUAUAUGACUCUAACGAGCAUUUUAAUAACUUUCAUUUUAAUGAGAGAGCGAGU